GUAUUGAUGAGGCGAGAGUGUCCAGUCACAUUCUAGACUUGCAUGAUGAGAGUUACCGUUCUUGUAUGGAUAGGGUUGUGUAUUGUGGCGUGUGGGCUUGCACACAUCCAUGGCGGGGCGGACGUUGUGUUUGUUGUGGACGGCAGUGACCGAGUGGGUGCAGCAAACUUCGAGAAAGUUCGAGGCUGGAUCAAAUCUGUCAUUCAAAACUGGGCCAUCGGACUGGAUAUGUUUCGUGUUGCUGUCAUCUCGUAUGGUGAUGGCGUCCAUGUCGAGUCCUACCUCAAGGACUCAGUGGACAGUCAAGCCGUGUUAAAAUCUAUUAAUAGCAUCAGAUAUUUUGGGUCGCCAGCGGACGCAACAGAGGCGAUCAGACGAGCUUCAAGUGAAGCCUUUUUGCCUUCCAAUGGGGGCAGAGCUGGUGAACGUCAGGUCAUCAUUCAUGUCGGCGCUGGAGCGGGUUCGGAUCCCGUCAGGUACGCAGAUCAGGUCAAGAUUGCAACAGAGAAAGGUAUUGUUGUUUACAAUGUCGCCAUUGGCAACGGAUGGAUCCAGAAUGAUUUGUUUAAGUAUGCCAGCCAACCACGUGAGCGGUACAGCUUGCCCGUGGCAAACUACGACCUGCUCAAUGCAGAACUGACCUACAUCUUGGCCUCACGGGUGGAGAAUGAGGUGCCUCUGUCAGACAACGGACUUCCACUUAUAGCAGACAGUUGUCUGUCGAGGGCAGACAUCGUCAUUUGUCUGGACGGGUCGACGAGUGUGACGGCCCCCAACUUUCUGAUAGCCAAGGAGAACAUCAAGUCCCUGGUCUCCCACCUACCUCUCUCCCAGGAUGGGGUGCAUGUUGCCGCUGUCCAGUUUAGUGGGAAAACUUUGCUGGAAUUCCCACUGAACAGAUACUAUGAUAGACUGAGUUUGCUGCAAGCCAUUGACAGAAUCAACUACAUGCAUGGCAACACAGAGACAGGUCAGGCUCUGGAUUAUAUCAGGACAAACGUCUUUGGGCCACUGAUGGGGGCGCGCGUGGAUGUGCCGCGAGUGGUCAUCUUGUUGACAGACGGACAGGCGAGUCACCACAAUGCAGCGGUGGAUGCAGGAGCGUUACUGAGACAGGCUGGCAUCGCCAUAGUCUCAGUUGGUAUCGGCAGCAGGAUCGAUGCCACGGAGCUGGAGCAGAUCUCAGGAGAUCCAAGCUACGUAUUUAAAGCUUCAGACUUUCAGGGACUGACUUAUUUGAUAGAACCUAUCCUCAACACCACCUGCCAAGUACAAACAAUGACACCCUCACCAACGAGCCCAACCACCCCUGGUAUCGAGACGUGUGUUGACAACAUCACAACGUGCAACUUGUACAUCGAACAAAACACAGAAAAUGGCGGCUUUUGUGCCCAUUACGUCGAGAUGGCCAAAACAUCGUGUGCUCGCUCCUGUGGAUACUGUACCACUGUGAUUCCCACCAUCCCCAUCACUCCACCCACCUGUGUCAACAAACUUGACAACUGCACCUUGUAUGCUACAACAGACUGUGACGCUUUCGCUGCCUUCUUUAGUGAGAGAUGUCAACUGAUGUGUGGAUUGUGUGAUGUAAGAGCUGAAACUCCAGGUUUCCAUGGUCAAUGCAUGUACAAGUCUAAAGCUUACGGGCAAGGUGAGAGAUGGAGUGACGGCUGUGACUAUGACUGUGUUUGCACUGAUGCAGCGCACGGCAAAUUUGAGUGCACGUCCAAGUGUGACGUCUACCACGACCUUCCACCAUUUUGCACGCUGGUUUACAAGGCCGGGGAAUGCUGUCUACAGCCGGUCUGCCACUUUGAAUCGACCGCCAACACUUUCACGGUUAUUGCUCAAGGGAUCUCCCCCGACCAACAAAAUGUUUGUGAAUAUAACGGACGUCAGUACAAGCAAGACCAGCCAAUCGACAACGGCUGCUCCAGCCAGUGCAUCUGUGUGGAUGCAGACAACGGCAUCAUCAACUGCACGGACACCUGCCCUGUCUACAACAUGACCAACUUUCCCUCGUUCUGCUACCUGGAGGCUACCCCAGGCUCGUGCUGCAAGACCCCGAGAUGUGAGCUAAGGACAAGCACGGCUGCCAUCACUGGCUUCGGUACAGUCUCGGAGCACGCUGGCUUCAAAGAGAUCUACGAUGAGUCCAAACAGCCUCCCUGCAUUGACCUGAAGCCCGAGUGUCCACUCUAUGGUAAGGACACGUGUGAGGGCAACUAUCGACCCUUUAUGACAGAAAACUGCCCCGUGUUUUGUGACCUGUGCCACGUCAAGUACCCCGGGUUUGUACCCGCCCCUGACGACAGAUGCAUGUACAACGGUGUGCAGUACGUACAAGGUGACGUUUGGGAGCCGGACUGUGAGCACGUAUGCACGUGCGACACUCAGUACUACGGCUAUUACAGGUGUUUCAGCAAAUGUCCAAAGUAUAAUGAAAUACCAAGUGGCUGCAAGCUAGAAAAACUGGCAAGUGAUUGCUGUCCACAUGUGGUAUGCCAGGUUGGAACUGUGCUGCUACCUUCAACCCUGAACUACUGGCUGCCCGUUGCUGGCACCAAUAUCUACAUCAACAACAUUCCUCUGAUGCCCAUAGUACGUCCUGAUGGAUCGGUCAAUGCGCUGUCUACGUCAUAUUCAACUGUACUAGUCAAUGGUUGCCUGUUCAAUGGCAGACUUUUGGCACAAGGGGAGAUAGCAAAGGAUGGCAGUUGUGGUGCCACUUGCCAAUGUGUGGAUGACACUUCCGGGUUGAUGUCAUGUGUAGAUAGGUGUGCAACAUACGCCCCUGACAAUGACCUGUGUACUGUUGUGACAGAUCCGUUUGAUGCCUGCUGUAAAGUACCAAGUUGUCCGCUGUCAGUCAAAGACCCUCCGACCGCACAAUAUUCUAAGCCUCGUUUAGUCUACAGCAUCGUCAAGAGCCCAGAAAUCCACGACAUUAUCGCCACUUACUCGACCACGACAACACCAAAAGCUCAGCUGACCACAGCCCCAACCACAGCAUCGAGACUGACCACAUAUGAUCCAUCUCAUUCUCACAAGCCACAGAGUGCCAAGGACUUGCCCACCAUGCCGCCUGGUACUGUACCCGACCCUAAUGCCCCAGGUACAUGUGACCACCCACAAACUGGCCAGUCUUACAAGGAGGGAGAAAGAUGGACAGUUGGCUGCGACUUUAAUUGUAUCUGUAUUAAUUCAACAAGGGGACAAUAUAUUUGCUCAGAUAUGUGUAAAGAACUCUUCUGUCCUAUUGGGUACAACUGCACAUCGUUCCCGGACCCUGAGUUUCCGUGCUGUGACUUGCUUCAAAUUAAUCUGCCGACUCCUGACCCCAGUGCCACAGCAUCAACACCGUUCCCAACAUCGCUAUCAUUUGGUCAAACUUGUAACUACAAUGGCAAAGAUUACCACCAAGGAGACACCUGGAUUGAGGGAUGUGAAAGGAAGUGCCAGUGUUUAGCUUUGAAUGACACUUUCAUGUCCAUUUCCUGUCAUGAUUUGUGUCCUAAAUACAUCAGCCUUCCACCUGGGUGCCAGGAGGUUCAAGUACCUGGAGAAUGUUGCCCAGUCCUACAGGGUGAUACGUGUUCAGGUCAGUAUUGCUUAGACCCUCAAGGCAACCCACAUCUUCCUGGUGAGUCCUGGAGAGAGGGCUGCACAUACGAAUGUACAUGCACCCAGAGACCGGAUGGCUUCUACAGGGAAUGUCGGGGCAUCUGCCCUGUCUUUCAAGACCUAGAGAACUACAAUUGUACCCAGCCAACUCCCACCCCAGGGAAAUGCUGCGCGCUCCCUGAGUGCUGCAUCGAUGAGGGCUGUACAGCACACGUCAAGUUUGAGAUACCAGACCAGUACAAGGACGAGUUUUAAUCUAAUUUAUAAAAAACUACCAACUAAAUGUUUUUAUAAAACUAUUUACCACUGUCCUAAAGUUUAAAAAUAUUACUGUAACAAUAAAUACUUUACUUGCU